AUAUUUGUGGUUAUGCCGAAGGACAACAGAUUAACAUUUACUCAAAACUUAAUAUGCGGUGGCAACGCCGGCGUUAUAUGCAGGACCGUAUGUUCACCCUUAGAUGUUGUAAAAACACUUCAACAAGUUGGAAUUGGAGACGCAAGGAGUGGAAUGCUUUCAACAUUUGUCAAUCAGUAUAAAAAUGAAGGAAUCAGAGCAUUUUGGAAAGGAAAUGCUAUUGCUUCUCUCAGAGGAUUUCCUUACUAUGCUCUUCAAUUUGCUGCUUAUGAAAAAUUUAAGAAUGUGUUGUCUGAUAAAAAUGGAAAAAUAUCCCCAAUCAAUGCAAUGGUAGCUGGAUCUGCAGGAGGCGUUGUGGCGGUCAUUGCAACAUAUCCUAUGGAUAUGGUAAAAACAAGAUUGACAGCUCAGCACGCUGAUCUUUCAAAAGCAAAAUACAAAGGAAUUGUACACGCUUUCAAAGUUAUAGCAGCUGAGGAAGGAGCUCUAAGUUUAUACAAAGGUAUGGGUACGUCAAUUAUUGGAGUUAUACCAUUCGCUGGAGCAACUUUCAUGGCUUAUGAGAUAUUGGAAAAAGCCUGGAAAAAACCCAAGUCACAAAUGACGCCUCUCGAGAAUUUCAUUGAUGGUUGUUUGGCUGGUGCUUUUGCUCAAACCCUUUCUUAUCCUUUUGACACCAUAAGAAAAAAAUUGCAAGCUCAGUCGAAAUUUAUUGAGGGAGCGGGACCAGAUGUUCAUUUUAAUGGUAUGAUUGAUGGAUUUGUUCAAACAGUCCGAUCUAAAGGUGUAUUAGCCCUAUGGAAUGGAACAACUGCAAAUCUUAUCAAAGUCAUGCCAUAUGCCGGUAUCAUGUUUAUGUCCUUCGAAAUGUCAAAAAGACUUUUCUUGUACAAUAAUGGAUAUACCUCAAGCCCCUUUCAAGAUUCACCCUUGCCAGAUGUCGAUCAAUCUCUUCCUCCGUCUCAAAUACAUCAUCCAUCUCACAACAUGAUGCAUAGUUGGCAUAAAUAG